GGGGCGGCGGCGGAGGGAGCGGAGCGGGGAUGGCAGCGCCGCUGCGGGCGGCCCUGGCGCUGGGGCUGCUGGCGGCCGCUCAGCCCGCACCGGCCCCGGCACAGCGGCGGCAGGCGGAGCUCUUCCUGGAGAAAUACGGCUAUUUCAGGGAGCGGGGGGCCAGCACACACAGCCCAGCCGAGUUCAGCAAGGCGCUGAGGGAUUUCCAGCGUGUGACCCACCUCCCUGCCAGCGGGGUGCUGGAUGCCCCCACCCUCCAUCAGAUGGCCCUGCCCAGGUGUGGCACGGAUGACGGGCACAGCCGCACUGUCCCCGCCCGGCGCCACCGGCGCUCGGCACAGCACGGAGGGCGGUGGCCGAAGCGGCAGCUGACGUACCGCGUGGUGAACCGGCCGCCGUACCUGCCGCAGCACGGCGUGCGCCUGGCCGUGCGCGCCGCCUUCCAGCUCUGGAGCAACGUGUCCUCCCUGCUCUUCUGGGAGGCACACGAGGGCCCCGCCGACAUCCGCCUCACCUUCUUCCACGGCGACCACAACGAUGGACUCAACAACGCCUUCGAUGGGCCAGGAGGUGCCCUGGCCCACGCCUUCCUGCCCCGGCGAGGAGAAGCUCACUUUGACAGCGCUGAGCGCUGGUCCCUGCACAGUGGCAAGGGGAGGAACCUGUUCAUCGUGGUGGCCCACGAGGUGGGGCACACGCUGGGGCUGCAGCACUCGCCCGUCAAGAGUGCCCUCAUGUCACCCUACUACAAGAAGCUCAGCAAGGAUUUUGUCCUCAGCUGGGAUGACAUCUUGGCCAUACAGAGUUUGUACGGAAAGCCCUCCAAGGGCUCGGCCAUCCAGCUCCCAGGAAAGGUCUUCACUCACUUCCAGGACUGGAACACGGAUCUUUACAGCAGGGACCAACAGCAGAGGAGCCUCAGCACCUACUACUGCCACACCUUCUUCGAUGCCAUAACCUCUGACGGGGAUCACAACCUCUACAUCUUCAAGGGCAGCCACUACUGGGUGGUGUCGGGCAGUGGCAACGCCAGUGAGCCCCAGGCUCUGCAGCCGCGCUGGCCCGGCCUCCCCGCCGGCAUCGACGCCUGCGCCUGGUCCCAGAGCACGGGCAAGUUCUACUUCUUCAAAGGUGGCCGCUGCUGGCGCUACGCUGGCUCCCAGCUGGACGCGGGAUUCCCCCGCAAAUGCAGCGCCCUGGGGCUGCCCCGGCACCCGGACACCGCGCUCUACUUCCAGCAGCUCCGGCGCCUCGUCCUCUUCAAGGGCCCCAAGUACUUCGUGCUGGGCGAGGAUCCCAUGGCCGUGGAGCCCUACUACCCCCGGAGCCUGCGGGACUGGGCAGGGCUGCCCCCGGGCACCGCCGGCGCUCUCACCCACCGCGACCGCGCCCUCUACUUCUUCAGGGACGAUCGCUUCUGGAAAUUCGACCAGGACAAGCUGCAGGUGGUGGCCACCGGCAAAUGGGCCACGCAGCUGGCCUGGAUGGGCUGCUGGGAUGCCAACAGUGAGCAGGUGCUGUUCUGAGAGAAGGGGGUCCGGACCUCGCCUGGAUCGUCUGGGUGUGACUCUGGUUCCUGUCUGAGGAUGGCUGGGCAGGGACUGGCUGCACAUUGGAGCCGUGGGAUGGUGCAGCAGUGACCCAGCAGGGCUGGGAUGGAGCUGGGACAGAGCCAGGUGUGCCCCGGCCAGGUGUGCCGCAUAGCCAGGUGUGCCACGGCCAGGUGUGUCACAUCCAGGUGUGCCAUGGCCAGGUGUGCCCCAUAGCCACAUGUGCCCCGGCCAGGUGUGCCCCAUAGCCAGAUGUGCCCUGGCCAGAUGUGCCACGGCCAGGUGUGCCACAAGCAGGUGGCCUGCAGGCUUCGGGACAGUAUUUUUUAUAAUACCACAGAAAAAAAAUGUAUCAGCCAUGGAGACUGCAAACACACCCAUUUCUGUUCAUUUUCAGGAUGUGUGCCACAGCCAGGUGUACCAUGGCCAGGUGUGCCAUGGCCAGGUGGCCUGAAGGCUUUGGGAAUGUAUUUUUUAUAACAGACCACAGAAAAAAAAUGUAUCAGCUAUGAAGACUGCAAACACAUUUCUCUUCACUUUCAGGAUGUGCCACAUCCAGCUGGCCUGCAGGCUUUGGGACAGUAUUUUUUAUAACACCACAGAAUUGUAUCAGCCAUAGAGACUACAAACACACCCAUUUCUGUUAAUUUUCAGGAUGUGUGCCACAGCCAGGUGACCUGAAGGCUUUGGGACUGUAUUUUUUAUAACAGAGCACAAGAAAAAAAUGUAUCAGCCAUAGAGACUGCAAACACACCCAUUUCUGUUCACUUCCAGGAUAUUGUUACACACGUUUUUCAAACUAGGACUGGGGUUUGGUGAUACUUUUUUAUAUCUUUGUUGAUACUUGUUGAUAUCUGUCAUUUUCCCACGAUCAGGCAGAGAAGUGUCUCGCUGCUGCUUGCUGUGGGGUGUGGGUGGUUUUCAACAGCAGGUUGACAACAUCUCCUGCUUAAAACUAAAAGAAAGGAGAUAUUUGGACAAAAAAUUUGGAUCCAUGUGGAGCUUUGCCCCUGCUGUUUGUUGAGACCCUGGGGUAUGGAGGGUUGGGGAUGCUUUGCUGGGCUGUGCUCACAUCCAGCUGGAGACACCAGCACAGUGGGAUUUUGGGGCUGAAAGCAGCAGAGUUUGGUGUAGGAGAGAAAAGGGGGGCUCAGCUGAGCUGCCGGCCACAGGCAGCAGGAGCUUUGGCUUUGGGUGGGUUUGGGGUGCCUGGGUGGGCUCUCCUGGGCUGUGCCCACCUGGCAGCCCCCACUGUGUGCCUGAGCUCGCUGCCUCUGCAAGGAACAGGAUCAGGGAAUUUCUGACUCCCUGGGCCCCACCCGGGUGAACGGGGGUGACAAAUGGCUGUGGGAGGAGGGGAAGAGGAGAGGUGAGCAGGACAGAGGGACAUGUCUGUGCAUGCAGGCUGCAGGGACAGGGUGGCUGCACAUUCCUCAUUCCUUCCCCAAGGCAGACUCCCCACCUGGAAACGCCUCUGGCUCCUGGGCAGGGUCACCAGUUUGCAAAUGGCCAGGGUGUCCCAGGGCUGGGGAUGGAGCUCAGCUUCCCAGGGCUGCGAUUCUGAGGCAUUGCUGCUGGGCAAGACAGGGCUCAGCUUUAUUAAAUGAUUUAUUGAAGCCAUUUGUGCAGUGGUUCUACCAGAGCUCAGAGCCCAGCCCUGCUCUGGUCCUGCUGUGCUGUCAGGGUGCUGUGCUGGGUGCCCUCCUGAUGCCAGCAGCUUCAGGGAUUCCUCUUUCCCUCAUUUUUGCCAUUUCUAGACUUUCUCUGCAAAGCAGGGCUUGCCCUAAGCACGACAAGGGGUUUCAGUGGUACCCAAUGCCAGCUGAGCUGUGGGUUUGGCAGGAAGGAGAGCCAGCACUCCUCCCAUUCUCCAUCACACUUGUGCUGAGCCCUUCAUGUGCAGACACACACACAGGGGCUUCAUCUGCCCAAAACCUCAGGGGACUUUCCACAUUUCCAGAGAAACUCACAUUUCCAUAGGAACUGAAUGACAAUCAGGUGACGUGGCCUGCAGGGAGUCCCAAGGGCUUGGAGACCUGACAGCAAAUAAAACCAACCUCUGGA